ACAACGGGAACCGAUAAGGCUUAGCAACUGAACCCUCGCGCUUCCCACUCAAACUCCAUUCGCCAUGGCGGAACCCCUCGUGGGCCUCCGGGUUGCCGCCCCCGCCGUCCCGCAGCCUCAAAUCCGCGGCCGCCUUCUCCCCUCCCCCCGCCUCGUCCCGUUCCGGCGCGGCCGGAUGCGCACCGCCCGCGCGACGGUAGCGGGGCCGCCGGAGAUUGACCAGGAUGAGGCGAUGAGCAUCGACAACCUGCGCCGGUUCUUCGACCUCAACGUCGGCAAGUGGAAUGGCUGCUUCUACCAAUUCGACGCGCAUGGGAGGGUGCUGCAGGGGAUCAACACGCGCCUGUCCGUGAGCACGUAUGGGGAGGACAACCUCAUAAGCCUCCUGCAAUCGCUGUAUAUUAAGCAAGCUUCCUCUAAUAUAUCAAUUGUAGAUGAGGAGGAUUCUGAACCAGAGUGGGUGGAGUACAAAAUCAAAGAGACAAACAUGUUCACUGUGGACAAAUAUCAGCAGAUAGGAUUCUUUCCAGAAGAGAAGGCAUUUGCUCUGAGGUACCAGACCGCUGGAAUGCUGGAGACCGUCCUUCGGGUUGGUGUGCUUGGGGAAGAUGAUACUGGUGAAGAUUCACCCAAAAACUUGAAGAUACCUUCUCGUAAGCCAUCUAUUGUAUGUGAGAAUUGUCUUCACUCCCUUGAAGGCAAUGGUCGAGUGAGGGCUUUCCACAUAAUGGAUCCAAAGGGAGUGCUCGACACACUUCUUGUUUUCCAUGAAAAGCAGGGAUCUAUAGUACCACAGCCACUUAUCUACUCUUCAGUUGAUUCUGAGAGUGCCAGCAGUGAUAGGAUAAAUGCACUACUUGGAAGAUGGGAGGGGCAUUCUGUGACUAAGAGGAGCGGGGUGUAUGGAGCAACCCUCACUGAGGCAGAUACAGCAGUUGUCCUUGAAAUGGACAGCAAUGGCCAGCUGAUUCAGGAUACUAUAUCAAUGAAAUCCGGAACUAGCACUACAACAACGGUCAACUGGACAGGAUCAGCAAAUAACAACUUGCUUGAGUUUGAUGGAGGAUAUGAAAUAACAUUGCUACCUGGUGGGAUGUACAUGGGAUAUCCAUCAGACAUCAGCAAAUGUGUUGCCCAGUUAGAUUCUUUUCAUUUGGAGUUUUGUUGGAUGGAAUCGCCAGGAAAGAGGCAGCGGCUUGUGCGGACUUACGACUCAGCUGGUCUGGCUGUUUCGUCAACCUACUUUUUCGAGACCAAAGUAUGAGUCACAACUUCCACUUCCAAAAUGUAUUCCGACGAUUUUGAAUCUUUGCCUAUGCAAAACACAGAAAUGAAGCAAGUGGCUCAUUCAUCUUUUUGCUUGAUUCUACUAUUUUGUUGCAAACACAGAAAUGAAGCAAGUGGCUUAUUCUUCUUUUUGCUCGAAUUCUACUAUUUUGUUGUAUUCAUCUCAUUCCACUUGACCCCUUUUAUACAUGUUAUGUGUGGGCGUAGAUAGUAAGCUUUAAAAUUUGGAGUUUUGCGCA